AUGUCUAACAACAACGCCAACACCAACACCAACAACCAGGCGUCCUCAUCCUCGCCCUCGACGGUUGAGAGCGCAAAGAACUGGUACAACAAACAGUACGAAAACUGGGUGCCAUGGAUCGAAGACAAAGUCCUCGGUUGGUGGGGAGAGAAUAAGACCAGCUAUGUUGCCAAAGACAAACUCAAUCAAACCAAAAUCACCGGCGACAAGAACGUCGAUGCCAUCCAGGACGGCAUCAACGAGGGUGUCGGCGGCCAGCUCGGCAAGGGCGGACUCCUCGAAGGUGUGGGCAACUUGACGUCCAAGGAGGUCUUUACUCGGUCCGAGCGACAGGGCAAGAAUGACAAGGGUGGAUAUAUUUGA